AUGGCAGGACGGACGGAGAUUCUGGGCAAAGUGACAGCCGGCAAAAUCACAAGAAAUCUAACUCCGUAUCCCCAGCCUUGGUUCUGCCGACAACGCUUCUUCACCCAGAACAGCGGAUUCCAAACCUCCGUCGCAAUUCUUUUCUUGCCGCCCAUUCGUCCUCCCGCCUCUGAACACCCCAAUUGCUGUAUUUUGUCACGGUGCGAGCUUGCUCUCGAAGUACAAGCAUUUAGGUUACCAAUUGACAUCGACACCGUCUCUUUUGAAUCAAGAUCUUCAUACCCUUUUGUGACCAUGGGCUUCGUCGAGGAUGAGCUCAAACAGCUCAAGGAGGUCAUUGGCAACCUCGACUCGCGCAUCAAGCAGCUUGAGAAGCGCACCACGGGCUCAUCGCCUUCCACCGAAGAAAUCCGAAUGAUUAUCAUGGGACCGCCUGGAGCUGGCAAAGGAACGCAGGCGCCAAAAAUCAAGGAACGAUUCUCCUGCUGCCACCUGGCCACAGGCGACAUGCUGCGUUCUCAGGUUGCGAAGAAAACACCGCUCGGCCGAGAGGCGAAGAAAAUCAUGGACCAGGGCGGUCUUGUUAGUGACGAUAUUGUCAUUGGUAUGAUUAAAGAGGAACUUGAAAAUAACAAAGAAUGCCAAGGAGGGUUCAUCCUUGAUGGAUUUCCUCGGACAGUCCCCCAAGCCGAAGGCCUGGAUGCCAUGCUUCAAAAGCGAAACCAGAAACUGCAGCAUGCUGUCGAACUUCAAAUCGACGACUCGUUGCUUGUCGCACGUAUCACUGGGCGAUUGAUCCAUCCUGCGUCUGGCCGAUCUUAUCACAGCACCUUCAAUCCUCCAAAAGAGGCUAUGAAGGAUGAUGUGACAGGCGAGCCGCUGGUUCAGCGAAGCGACGACAAUGCAGAUGCGUUGAAGAAGCGUCUAGUAACAUAUCACAAGCAAACUACGCCUGUUGUUGAGUACUAUCAAAAAACUGGCAUCUGGAAAGGUGUCGAUGCCAGCCAGCAACCCGGACAAGUGUGGAAGCACAUGCUGGAUAUAUUGGAGGGAAACAAGAUCAACGGGUCCGGUAUACUCGGCCGAAUUGCCAGUAGGAACUAG